CAAAGUCCCACACAAAUAUGGCCAACCCAUUAGCAGAAUCCGCCCUCGUCGCCGCACGAGCCGCCGACAACUUCGUACCCGCCUACUACAAAGUCUGUGAUCGGCAACGACACCUGAUGCACCAAUUCUACAGGGAGAUCUCCACGUUGCUUUGGAACGGGAACCCUGUGCCUGGGAGAGAUUGCGGGGAGUUCUUUUUGAAGUUGCCUGCGACGGAUCACAUCAUUCACACAUAUGACGCUCAACCAGUUCUCGACCGGGGCCAAAUCCUGGUCACAGUAAACGGUACAGUCAAAUAUGGAGCGCACGCGCAAGCGCAAACGAAAGCUUUCGCGCAAGUGUUUGUCCUGAGUCCAGAUGUGACGAGUAUCCAGAAGGGACAAUAUUUCAUCGGCUCCGAUCAUUUUCGGUUCACAUGACACCGACACUCUCCACCGUUGCAUCCCGUCUCGUCCCCCCGUCUUCGUCCUCUCACCCGCCGAUCCCCACCGGAGCAUCGCCUCUGCUCCUCGGAGCAUAUAUGCACAACACAGGCCAUCACAAACGUCAACCCAAUCACAUGUACAUACCGCCCGUUUUCCAUCAUUUUUCGUUCCACAUAUGUAGUAACAUU